AAGCCUUGAAAAAAGCUUCUACAUCUUGAAGUCCCAAAAAUGUAACCAGAUUUUACAAAUACAUCCAAAAUGAUCUCCGGGAACUCAAUAAACCAAGACAGCCUUCAACAACUAAAGGCCUUUGACCAAUCCAAAGCUGGUGUCAAAGGGAUCGUUGACAAAGGAAUCACCAAAAUCCCACCCAUUUUCAUCCGGCCGCCGGAAGAUUCCGCCGGCGACAACCCAAGUUCCCGCCAACCAACCCAAGCCCAUUUCAGUAUUCCUGUCGUGGACCUUGAUGACACUGUCGGCAGGCACGAUGACGUUGUUACCAGAGUCCGGCGGGCCGCAGAGACUGUUGGUUUUUUUCAGGUGGUGAACCAUGGGAUUCCCCAGAGAGUGUUGGACGAGAUGUUGGAAGCGGCACGUGGGUUCCACGAGCAGCCAAGGGAGGUGAAGGCCGAGUACUAUAGUAGGGAGCUGAUGAGGAAAGUCAAGUUUGGGAGUAACUUUGAUCUAUAUCAGUCAAGGUUUGCCAAUUGGAGGGACAGUUUGUUUUGUGUGAUGGGUCCUGAGCCUCUUGAUCCUCAAGAAUUGCCGGUGGUUUGCAGAGACAUUACCAUGGAGUACUCAAACCACGUUCACAAAUUAGGUGUUACUUUAUUUGAAUUUUUAUCAGAGGCACUUGGGCUUAAAUCUGAUCACCUUCUAAGCUUGGAUUGUGCAAACGGACAUCUUAUUCUCACACACUACUAUCCGCCAUGCCCUGAGCCUGAACUAACUAUGGGCACUACCAAACACUCAGAUCCAGAUUUCCUUACCAUCCUACUUCAGGAUCAUAUUGGUGGCCUCCAGGUUCUGUGUCAAAACCAGUGGAUUGAUGUUCCUUUUGUGCCGGGAGCUCUAAUAGUCAACAUCGGAGAUAUCUUGCAGCUUAUAUCCAAUGACAGAUUUAAGAGCGUAGAACAUCAAGUGCUUGCCAACUAUGGAGGACCUAGAGUAUCCAUUGCGUGCUUUUUCACCCUUCACCUUUACCCAUCCACAAGGUUGUACGGCCCCAUUAAGAAUUUGUUAUCAGAAGAUCAUCCACCUGUGUACAGGGAAACCUCACUGCAAGACUUCAUUUCGUACUACGAAGGAAAAGGGCUUGACGGGAACUCUGCACUAACACAUUUCAAAUGUCGAAGGUAAAAACAAGGGAUUUGGAAGAUGUAUGAAUUUAUAUUCAAUGUGAAUUUUUAUAGGAUUGUAUUUACUUUGAGGACAAGUUGAUCAUCUACUCAUUAUCUACUAUAAAUAAAGGCAUUGUGCGGAGGAAUCAGAACACACACAAGGAUCCCUACAAUUUCUCCA